GUCAGGUUUUUAUCAAAAUCCAAGAUGGUGGCAGGGUGUGCAAGUUCUUACUGUGAUGCUGUUAGUUUUCGAUAGAAAUUGUGUAUUACUUUAAGUUAAUUAUGUUUCAUAGCUGUGUACAAAAGACAGCGUUUAAGGAUUAUUUUUUGUCAUUUUUACUGACUGUUUAACUACCCGGAUCCUAAACGCAACGAAAGGAAUAGACAAUUAAAGCAAAAUGAGUUACGAGGUAACGGAGGAAACAGCCUUUAAUGGCGACGAUCUGAUGAGCAUGGGUCAGUUCAACAUGACCCAGCCGCUGGAGGAUAUGAAGCUGGACAAAAACAUGGUGUGGCUGCUGGUCUCGCUCCUAUCCUCGAUUGUGUGGAUGGUUUACAUCACAUUCUACAAUUCGCGUCUGUUCGGUUGUAUCAUCACCAAGCUAGCCAACCGGUUGUAUGUGCGUGGGGCCUACUUUAAGAUUGGUUCGCUGAACGUGAAUCCCUUGGCGGGUAAAAUCAUGUUCCGGGACGUAGUGUAUGUGUGCUUCGAUUACACGGUACGCGUGCAGGACGGUUACUUCAUAUUCCGUUGGUGGCGUUCAUACGUUCCCAAGGAUGUGUCGGAAGAUUUGUCCCACUCAGACACGCGCCUGUCGGUGAUGUUGAAUGGGUUCGAGGUACACAUCUACAACCGAUCGGAUCUGUACGCCCGGUUGGAAAAAACAUUCGGACUCAAACCAUCGGUACUGGUUCCGACCGAGGACAUGAACGCAGAGGAAAUAGCAAAGUUCAAAGAACAGAUCAUGAACGAAGAAAACCAACGGCACAUCAGUGAAGCGUCGGCAAAGAUUAAAAAACCACGACCGGAAGCAAUGACGGCGACAACGUGGCGUGAUCUAAUCCCGGUCAUCAAGAUCGACAUCUGUUCUGGGCGAUUUGCCUUCGGGAAUCGCCUUACGCCUACGACGCUGUCACUGUGCGUUGAAGAAGCGCAUUGCGUGUACAGCACGAAACCAGCCGUUUCCAAGUUGGACCAUUUUAUGCACUUCGUGAAGGCGAAAGUAGAGAAUGCGAAGGUGUUGCUUGCACCGAGUCCUAAGUUUACCGGCAUGGUGGAUGAACCGCCCCGAUACAUGGGUGAAGGUUUCGUGGUGAUGAUGUCGAACCUGAUGGAGCUUUACUUCUACAUGGACGAGGCCGGCAUUGUGCCGGAGGAACCGGUUACACUGACGCUCGCUAAUGGCGAUGUGGUAGAGGCGGCACCGCCCGUAUGGGGUAUCGAUAUCAAAUGUGGCAAAGGUACGGAUUUCAGCUACGGUCCGUGGGCAGAUCGCCAGCGAGAUCAUCUGUUCAAGUUCUUCUUUCCACCGGAUUAUCAACCAAUGUCCGUGACGAAACCACCGAAACCGGGCGAUCGGCGCGAGGUGCGAUCGUUCGAUAUAAGCCUCUGCACGCUGAACGAGGCAACGAUCGAUGUGUUGUUUUCGAAAAACAAGGAAACUAACGCCGUGCACGUAAACAUUGGCGCGGGAUCGUAUCUGGAAGUGACGCUACCGUGGAUAAUUCUGCAGGAUGGAAUGGCGACAAAAGUGACGGGACAGUUGCUGCACGUAGAAGCAACAACCAGUUUACAGUAUCGUAGCCUGGCCGAGUGUGAAACACUACAAUUUAAUGUUAAAGUACAUUAUCCAAUCAAAUGGAACGAUCACCAAGAGUGGACUAUCAACUUGACCGGCAGCAAAGCAACAGCUUACAUAGUGUUCUCCCACAAGGAGUUCUUUCAGGAUUUGAUCGAAGAUUGGGCGUCAAAGGCACGCCCCGAUAUUCUCAGCUUCGUACCGUACACGUGGAAAUUUGGAGUCAUCCUAAAGGAGUUCGAAAUUCUAACCCUGAGCAACGAAUUCAACUGGAUCGAUUGUUCCAGCACCAACCAGGAAAACCAUCAUCUUGCCUUCUGUGGCGAUCUGUUCGAUUUAAGCUUUUCGCUUCCGUUCGAUGACUUCCUGCCGGUGAAACUUCCAAUAGUAUUUUGGAUCCACGGCGAAGGGUUAGACCUGAGUAUGUACAUUCCGGAGAUAUCGAGCAGUCGACCGAUUCUCUUGGCGUUGGAUGAAAAUGCGCGCAUUCUCACGCGUGAUGGAAACGUGAAAAAACGGUCCGAGUUGAUCAACAAAAAGUGGCGCCGUGUGUGUCAACGAGCAGUCGGCUGGAUUGACUGCUGGACCGUACCGAUAGUGGCACUGUCGAUCAAGUACAUCUACCAUCCGAUGCCACCGUUAGGGCCCGAUCCACAGGCGGACAUAACGACGCCAGAGAAGGAAGAGAUACUGCUAAGUCCGAUGCGCAUACCGAAAAUGCGCAAAUCACCUGCCAUCGCGUGGACUACGGUCGGUGAAGGUGGUGCACCACGUUUCGACCCGACUAGCCUACCACCGGAUCAGGUAUCGGUGGAGCUAGAAAUUGGUUCCUCGGUAAUGCUAGCUUAUGGUGCGAUCCUACGAAACUUCAUUCACUUGAAGGAGAACAUUUUCGGCGAAGAUCAAUCGUUUACGGAUAUGGAAAAUUCCAACAGUAAAAAUGCAUCACGCAGUAAUCCACUGGCCGGUGGGCUUGGCAAAUCUACCGGAUCGUCAAAAGAUGAUCCCUCGAAGUCGCUGUCCGAGACGAGCCUAAAUCCGGACGAGAAACCAAAACGCUUUGACCCGCGGCUCUACCGUCCACUCGAGGUUAUUGUUAGCGUAACGAUACACGACCUACAGGCGCAUGUUAUGAAGAACUGCAAUGAAAAUGAUCCACCCUGUCCGAUUGUACUGAUCGAACGGUUGGGGUUCGAGAUGAAGAAACGUUUCUAUGAAACGGAACUGCAGGUGCUGGUAAGUCCGUCGUUUCUCAUAUCCUCGGACAAUACGAUUCGCCCGGGCAAGGAUAAGCAUUUGCGCCAGGGCCACCUGUUGCUGUCGGCCGUACAGGUCAGAGGGCAUGCGAUGUUUAGCAACGAGGGACGCCAGCUGGAAGAGGAAACACUCGAGUACGCUUGGCUGCUGGAAGUACAGCUUGGAAAGCUGUCCGGUAAGAUGACCCUUUCGCAACUGUGCAACGUUGUGACCGGGUUGGAAACGCUUGCCUUUCUUACGAUGGAUUCGGAGAAUGAAUUGAAAUCACCGAAAACCGUGCGUUAUUGUCAUCACGGUGUACCAUCGAACUCGUGUCCCCACACGAAAGAAGAUGCCAAAUAUCGAUGUCCCUCAACAGAGGAUAUUAAGUACCGGAUGACACGAGUGGCCGUCGAUGCGGUAGAUCUCUAUUUGAUUGAAAACGGCACAGCAAUGCAUACAUGGAUAUCGCCAAUUCGUAUGGCCACGUGUAACUUGCACGGUCAGCAAGUGAAGUCAGGCAUAACGGGUCUCGUUCCUACUAUACUGCUGCGACAAUUUGUCUCCACCGGUGGCCAUUUUAGUCAAUACAGCAGUGGCAAUUCGCACAGCAACACCAACACUACCGGUAGUAGCCGCUCGGCGAAGCUACAUCAUCAGAACUCGACGAAACAUGUGCCGGAGGAAGGCUACCGAAAGGCGUCUGACGAGACGGGACCGCUUUAUCGGCGCACCACGAUGGAUGAUGGUGGACCGAUGAUUUCAUCCACUGGUUCCGGUUCAUCCGCCGGUGUGCUUAAGUCGGGAAGGCGUGAUAAUGCGGUGGAACCACCGUAUCCGCAGCAUAGGAAGGAUUCCAAGGAACAUCGGGACGAUCCGUACGGCUCAAUAUCGAGCCGGAAGGGUCGUGAUCGGUCAGACGAUCCCUCGAUUCACUAUCGGCGCGAUAAGGAGGAUCCAUAUGCAUCGCUUCAUUCCGCUCGCAACAGUGGACGUGAUAUUGACUCGAACGAACCAUGGCUAGAGGUAGGCUGUGUGUCGCUGGGGCCAAUUAUAUUAGAAGCAGCAUCAGCGCUACCCAUACCGGAACAUUGCUUGCAUUUGGUGCAACAUAGCUAUUUGAAAGUCCACGACGAAAAGAACAAAAAACUGUGGUUCCUCUGGUCCAGCAGCACAGACCCGGUGCGAUGCGGCUGUGUAGGUGGUUGUGCUUUCUUCGGUACAAACCGUAAUGGGCCAAGGUUCUUCAAGCCCUGUGCCCAAGAUAUUCAAGAGUUUAUCAACAUUGCUCGCUACCAUAUUCACUCGAAUCCCCGAGAGUAUGGGUUCGGGCAGAGUUUACUCCAUGAGGGACAGCUCGUUUUCCACACGCCACCGUACAGCUUGCAACCGGUUUCGCUGCAGGAAUGUUAUGAGUACAUCGGCAAACCAAACCUUCACCGCUCGGGCCAUCGGCAUCCACCAGCGCACGGUGGUGGAGCACCGUCUGCCUGUUGUGGUGCCGGAUUAACACUGGACAGCAAAUCACCGCAUCUGCCCCAAAGGAAUGAAGCGAUGUUGGCACAGAAAACGACAUCGGCAGAAAUUUCACCCAACAGCACUCUUAUUCGUGGAGGUAGUGGUGGUGUUUCCACUAGCAGUGCGUCAACAACAAUGGCGGCCACAGGUCCCGGAGAACGAUCCGGCAAAUCGUCACUGGAACGCGUGAAGGAAAAAGACGUCGGUUCACCGCUCGGAUCGGACCGUGCUCGUGGACGACGAUUUUCAUACACAAGUGGAAGGCAAAGUACGAUUCCACACGACGUUCCGUACUGUCGACUGUUGGACUCGAGUCCAAAAACAACCGCAAACAGUUCGAAGGUUUCAACGCCGACGCCUGGUCGCAUGGAUGGGACUGAGUCGCGGUUGCUAACACCGAAAGGAUUCAAGGUGCUACAAUCUCAAGCUAGCAAAACAUACGCUUCCGAUUCCCGACUGACAGUGGACAAAUAUUUGCAGGGCGAAAUGGAAGGUCCAUUCAUGGCGGAGGAGCACCAAGCGCAUUUGCAGCAGUCGAGCGCACAUUUGCAUCAUCUUCAUCAACAUCAUCAACACUACCAGGGGCAACAUCAUCACACGCAGUACCACAAUCAGCAGCAACAGCAGCACCAUCAUCAGAUGAUGUUGGAAAUGUCUCAUUCGGCUCCAUCCCCUGGCCAUCCGCUGGCAUCCGAUUCGGAACAGUCGCUCGGUGGAAUACUUCCCACCGGUUCAACCAUACGCCCGAUGCCGUCGGACGAUGUUAUAAUGCGCGAUGUGCAGCGUACAGUUUCGCUCACGUCGGAGAACCCAUCCGAGGCAUUCUUUUCGGCGGAUGAAGAUCUACACGCGUCGCGAAGUUCCAGCCUUAAGGCCGGUGUUGUCGAUCAUCAUCCCCAUCCGGUCGCGAUACAGAAGAAACGCUUUGCAUCGGAUUUAAGCAUCGUAGGCCCGAACGAGCUCGAGGGUCGGCUUUCGACGCAUCGAAGCGAUUACGAGAUUCACACGCCCGAACACCGUAGCCUGCCGAUGCGACCCCAGUCAACUGCUGAGCUGAACGAAGAGGAACGGCGUCUCCACGGUCUAGCAACACCGAUGCGUAAGUUUAGCAACAUUUCACCACGGCCCGAGUUCCGUCACUUUAAGCCAGUUUAUGAUGUUGACCCGCAAGACUCUUCAGAAUCACAUUCGCUCUCUUCAAGCUCGUUCAUAUCAGCGCUUUCGUCGCAAGAGGACAUCACGCUGGUAAACCUGCACAUGCAAAUUAACCGACCGAUCGUCGACUCGCCGCUACUGAUGGCAAGCUAUGUAACGCAUCUGGCACAAGUACGCUGCUCGAACUGGUCCCACUGUUCCAUGCCGUUGGGAGCAGACGCUUUCUCCAUGCCUUUGUUCCAGCAAAACGAAGACGGCGGGCUGGUGUACAUUGGCGGUAAAUUAAUACCGCACUUUGACACGUACUCCAACUGUCGUGAAGUGAAGAUCGUUUCCCGGUACGAUGUACCGUCAGCGGGCAGCGGUGUUGGCAGUAAUCUAUCGGGUGCUGGUGCAGGUGGAUUUUCCACACUGCCCAAACCCCACCCAUGGGACCCCAGUGUACUGGUGCGGAGUAGCUUCGAUAAGCAGGAGAGCAAAGAAGGCGAAAAUGAAUUCCUAAGUUCACAAGGCGAAAUCGCAACGCGCAAUUCGAUCGUGGUACGUUUUAAGGGACAAGUGGACGUGAUGCUAACACCGCUUCUACUGGAAGGAUUGCAAAGAAUGAUUGAAUCACUGACACCAACUCUCUCUACAUUGCAUCCGCUGACCGUGGUUAACGACAUUCACGCAUCGUGCGUGAGAAAAGUUGAAGCCGUGAACAUAUUGAAGCGUGAUCAAUCUCUAAGCUACUGGUCACAAGUACACUCAAACUCAAAGCGAUCGACCGCGGAACGCAACCUACAGGGCCCAGGUGGACCGGUCCUUACAGACGUGUACGAAGAAAGUAUAUCCACCCAAGUACAGGGUUUGAUUGUUCUGCCAAAAAUCAAUGUUACCCUUAUACAGAGCUCGGUUGUGGAGGAAGUGAUUUCGUUCGCUGCUCUGGACAACGUGCAAGAGCUAAGCUGCGCGUCCCUGUUGGCCGUCUGUUUCGAGGGAGUUUCGACACGGUUCCAUCUCGGCAAAACAACGAAAGCAUCGAUGCAUACGGUCUACACGCAGCCUACCGUUCGAUCGGGUGGCCUGAAGAAAAGUGGUCUAAUACGAGGCACUCGGGCACUGUUGGCACACCUGUCAUCACAGACCCGGCCGGAUAAUGUGCCCGGUGAGCCAAUACUUUUGGAAACGUCAGAAAAACAACUGGAGGAACUGAUCAUAACGCUCGAUAUUGGGAAGGCACACGCUCAACUGCGUCGCUUGAAGAACGAGUCGGCCAAUUUGCCAGACUCACAAAUAGUGAUAACAGCCAUACCAUCCCACCGUAGCCGCGCAAUGUUUGACUGCACACGGAUGCCGGAAGAUUCUUCGGCAAGCACGAUGGAAGGUACCGGUAGCUUCAGCGGGCUGGGCUUUAUUAUGUUCGAAGGUGGAUUGGAAGGUGUUAGCGUUAAAAUAGUGAAACGAUCUCAGUUUGAAAAAUCGGAAAAUGCGGAAGAAACUCUCAAACCGGAACCGGAAACCAUCGCUACGGCGACGGUACAUUCGGAUGCAAAUCAGAACAGCAUUACGCUGAACAAUCCACUCAACUUGGUUACGUUGCUCAAUGAGGCAGGCGGAAACAUGGCCGCGGAAGCGUUAGCAAAGUUUGGCAUGAAAAAGCCCGGCACACCGAAGUCUGCUGGUGGUAGUGCGAAGGAUCGUUCGUCACUGUUCGAUAUUAAAUCAAAGGAUAAGAUUACAACCACCACUACUACCACUACUACUACGACAACGACGAUCAUUGGAGAUGGGGGAAAAACUUUCAAGACAAACAUUGUGCCGGAUGAGAUAGAUGCUGGUGCGAUGCGUGGAUCAUUCGUUAGUGAUGGUACGCUACCAACGGCGGUUCAUCAGCCGCCAGUACAACCGACAGCUGGGUCUUCGAUGCAAGGUGGGCAGGGUACAAGCAGUGGACCAGGUGUAGGAUCAGCUUCCAGCGUUGGCCAACCGCAUUCAUCUACAAGCGCCAAUGGGUCCGGAUCAAACGCGGAUCCGUUAUCUUCGAAAGCCGGUGGUGGGUGCACUGCAGCAGCCGGCACUGUUGCUCCUUGUAGCAAUGACAACGGCAAGACGUCUUCUUGCGUGAUCGAUUUCAAAACGGUUUGGUUUAACUUUGCUGCACCGCCCAGAACGCCCAUCACGCGGAAGAUUGACUACACACGCUUAGAUUGGAAUUUGCUAAGCACAGCCUCACCGGCUAUCACGGCCUGGAUGAAUCCAUGCAAUCGGUUCGCCAUUAAAGUGGUUGCUCUCAUGAAAGCGAUGUACAUUCGUCGGACGGCCGUAACGGUCGCACUUAUGGCCGAUGCAUGGGAAAGUCCAUCGCUGCACCGACCGGUAAAGAGCCGGUACGGUGGCAAGUUUACGCCGCUCGCUAAAACACUGCAGGAGGAUCCCAGCUGUCAGCUGUGCACCGUGCUGCAGAAGUUUGUACUCGACGAAACUGCUGCCAAGAUUGAGUGUAUUCUCAAGCAACAAUAUCUUCCGCAGUUAAGCAUAAUGCGUCAGGCUGUGAUCGUGUUAAGCAGACAGUGGAAAAACGUGCUCUAUAAUCCGAUGCUGUUCGAGCAUCAGUACAAAGGGAAGCUAGCAAAACCGGUUAACGUAACAUUCGCCCUGCCGCAAGAUGAGGACGCCGAAGAUACGGAUGACAUCGAUACGGAUAACUAUCCUGUAGGCGUUCGCGAAAACCAUCCGCUACUCGGUGAGGAAAAUGAACACACCAUGCUGCUUGGCCAGUGCAUCCAGCAGCAACAGCAACGUCAGCAGUCUGCUGCAUCGGCAACAUCGACGGCACCGACCCAACAUACCGGUGGGCAGCAGCAUGCAACGCUUCAUGUAAUCAAAAUGCCCGAUGAACCGCCGAUCCCUUCCGCGGCGGCAGCACACAUGGCCGCCGCAAAGCUGGGCGAUUCCCUUAAUACCUCUCCCAGUACCACUAACAACUCGCACAACAAGCUGCGGAAGAAAUCGUCGGUAAAAAGUUUCAUUCCACCGGCAGCGCCACCGUCGCGUGCUAGCAUACAGAUGUUUCCGAUCAUCUUCGACAAGCAGGACCCCGUCGGGGUGGAGUACGGUGCGUUGCGCGAAGGUUCCGCACCGUCCGUAUGCAGUUCGUCCGAUUCCAUGGAUAAGCCGUGGACUCCGCCGGCAAACCACAAGGAGGAUCUGUACUCGUGGAUGGCAAAGCAGCAGAGUGAAAGUACUAAGCAGCGCGAAAAGGAGAAAACUACCCAAAACAAUCGUCCUGCUUCGCAGAACCGACCGGCCAUUCAUUCGGUGAAGUACAUGCAGGAUAAUAAUCGGAUACUUGACGCACAUCUUAUUUUCGAGCCAAUGCUAACCUGUCUCGGGGUUAUGCCCCAGCAAAUGAUUAACAACGUCUCCAACAAGGAUGUCUCUUCGCUAGAAAGCUUGGGUACGAAUCUUUCGCUCGUUUGUUCGUUCGAUACGAUUCGCAUCGACAUCGUUGUCAGUGAGGCGGGCGAUAGUAAAAAACCUCCGAAGCAAAAGGAUCCUAAAAAGCGUGGCAAUGGAAAAUUCACCAUUAUCAUGCCCGGCGAACAGCCGGCGUUCCUGUGCGAGCAGGUAGGCGUCGAACUGGAAGUACGAAAAAUGACCGAUGGUUUUCCGGACGAUACGAAACCGGCUAUGUUGUACGUAUCGCGUGGUCAGUUGAAAAAACACACCAGCACGGUGAUAAACUUCAGCCUAAACGUGCGCUACAUCUCGCAGCAAGUAAAUAUGCCGCUGUUGCGGUUGUUACAUCAAAUUACGAAUAUGUACCAAAACGUAAAAGACGCUCAGAAUGAGCUGCGGGAAGCCCAUCCGGAGAACGGUGGUAAGCGGAGCGCACCGCUUAAAGACGAAUCGAGCCUUGCGUCGGAGAUAAACGAUCCUACGCUGAUGGGAUCGCUUAACGAACCGCUGAUGGCACACAUUGAAACGUCCGGCAUUUUUGAUUACACCGAUGAACGGUACGAUAAAUUCAAUGAGGACAUCUCUACCAUGCGCCACGAGUUACGGCACUCAAUUAGUCGCAGCAAGAUGCCGACGCUUGGCCCAUUGAUACCGCUAACGCCGUCUCCAAACUCACGCAAUCGCCCGCAUAGCUUUGCACAGAAGCUGCGCAGCACGAGCAAAACGGUAAAGGGGAAGCUAGGCUAUACGAACCUCAACGAAACGAUCAACACACCGAUCAAGAUGAGUCCCACGGCGGGUGGAUUUUCCUUUGCCGAAACGCAAUCCAAACAGUCGCUGGAGGCCAAAAAUUCACUCACUGGUGCACCUUCUAGUACGUUUGGAGAUUAUACUGCUCCAUUUGAUCGGUCAACAUUUACCGGCCCCAUACACAGCAUUCUCGAUACACCGAAAUGUUGGAAAACGGUUUACCAUUUACUAGCUAUUUACUCCGCAAUGCCGGAAACAAAAACCAUUACUCAUCGUGUCUCUAUUUCACCGGAUGCAGUUGAACAGAUUAAAGCAAGAAAGUAUAACUUAUUGCACGAAAGUAAGAACUUCCGUGAAGAGGAGGAAUUUCUCGGUGGACAUGGAACAACUGGCGCUAAUGGUACCGUUAAGGACGUGGGUGUUAUAACACAGGAGCGAACACGUUUGGUUGUGUUCGGCGUGGCAAAGAUACACCGAACUAGAUUGCUAGCGUCAUUGAGCGGUUUGAAGUUGGAAGCAGAAAUAACAGCCCUGCACAGUAGCACUACUUGGCGUAAAAAAUCCCGCCCAGCUUCACUUGAGUGCUCGCUGACUGGACAAGUCGGUAGAGCUAUGAUUGUUCUCCUGGAAGGUGCUCAACCAAAUCAACAAACCGUGGUUAAAGUGUCGAUUGGUAAAAGUCAAACACUUUACUCCAGUAUAACGCGACGUGGAAAGGACAAAAACAAUGGAUUACUUUCUAUCGGUAUCGUCAACGUGGACAUACCACAGCAUCCGGUGGCUCUUCACGGUAUGAUGACGCGAAGCUCCAAACAGAUUUCUUCGACGCUACAGGAGCUAAGAGUGACACGCACUUCGGCACGUUUAACGCGCCAGAACGAAGAACCAGAGUCUCCGUUGCAUCAUCAUCAGCGUGAUACACGCGACAAGGCAACACCAUCGGUUGCCACCAAUCAACGCAAGCACAGCACGGCUACGGUACGAACGAUGACAGGCGCAACGACAGCAGCUGGAAGUAAUCCGAGCGGUCUUCUUCAACCGCUCGUUAUGCAGUUUAACAUUAUACUGCAAAGUUUGUCCAUCAGCGCUGCAUUGUUACCAUCGCUGCAGGCCCAAUAUAAAAUGGAUCACGUCACCUCGACCGGUGUUACUGGGAGUAAGGCGAAAUUUACAGUCGAUCUACCGAAUCAUUCACUCAGCUUUACCACCAAAAUACAAACCACGGAAACAAACCUGCCGUCGGAGGCAUGCAUCGCAUUGCCACCGGUGCACGUUAGUGCUGAGUACGUGUCGGAAAGUACCACCGAAGAGGUACCAAUCGAUGGUGUCGUGUUGCGACAGGGCGGAUAUCUGGCGGCAUCGGCUGAAAUCGGUGUAUUUGAGCGGUGUCUCACAACCGAUCUGCUGAACCAUUUGGUGUUUGUACAGAAAGUGUUCAUGAAGGAAGUGAAUGAGGUGGUGCAGAAAGUGUACGGUGGAGAAAAGCCGGUCCCACUCUGGCUAGAAGAAUCGGAAGACAAUGGAAACACGAUCAAGCGUAUUCUGUUUUCUCUGAACAUUCGCGUCAAGCGCAUUCAGCUAACCGCAACGACACCGUGCUCGUCUGCAGUACGGUUUGAAACGGGUCAGCUGGAAUUGCAUCUGUCCAAUCGUGUGAAAAACAUUGCAGACGCUUCCAACACAAAGCUGUUCGGUAAAGCGCAAAUCGACCUGAACCUGUCGCUGGGUCAGAUUAUCAAAAACAUCAUCUUCGACGAGGCGGAACCAGAGUUCCAACAGCAUGCAUUUUUCAACACCACGAUCGGGUUGAGAAAUGCAUUCCAGAACGAAAUGCUAAAUGACGACAAGGAACUGGUUCUGAUCACGCUGAAGCGUCCAUUGAUCUACGUGCAACCGAUAGCCGUCGAUAAAGCAAUACUGGUGUGGUUGAACUACAAGAACGCGUACGAGUAUUGGACGGAAAAACGUGCCAACCUCAACAAGGAAGUGUUGAUGGCAACGCAGCAGGUGCUGGAAAAGGUACCAUUCGGCCAGAUUAGUCAUCAUCUGGCGACGACAGCGAACCUCUCCACCCUGUUCCUGCAGCUCACGGUCGAGGACAUGGGAAUUUGUUUGCCUCUAAAUCAACCACCUCAAAUCUGGGGUAACCGGUCUGUGCAGGAUUUCGAGCAAAAGGGUGCUGUAGUGAUUACGCUAGAGAAUACGAUCAUUUCUGCCUGCAGUUCCGGAUCGCUCGUGUCGAAAGGACGCUUUGCUGGUCUUUGUCUGCGGUUUGCGGAGGACUUCGAUUCGUCACUCGAUGAGUGGAAACCCAACAUGAACGAUGCCAGCAUUAUGAACCUUUGCGUAGUAUCCGAGGGUACGUACGAAGUGUGCUCGCGAACGAUUGCUGCCAAACAUCCGGACAAUGCGAAAUGGUUCUUGAAUGUGAAAUGGCAGAUGGAAGGUGUCGACAUUCAUCUCGAUGUUAACAUUGGCAAGCAGCUGUCGGCCCUUGGGCACACAUUGACCAUGCUUACCGGAUCGGAAGAUGACGAACCGAUAUCGUCUGAUACGCCGGACAGCGACGACAUAGACGCAUCCGGGCAUCAGAGUGGAAAAGAUUCCAAAUCACGUAAAUCGGUCGAUUCGUUACCGUCCUUCCUGUUCGAUACAACGUUGGAUCCGAAGAAGCGGUCACUGUUGAUGGAGAAUGAAAUCAACGAGCAAACGAAAAUCGUUAACGACUUCCGUACCCUUGGUGCGUCGGCGAAAACAAUCGAAAAUGAGGAACGAAGGUUGCAGGAACUUCAGGCGGUGUACUACAAAUAUUUCCGCCGUGAUAUGAUACAGAAAUGGAAACGUCCUGCUAUGCGCAAACCAAUGUUGAAGGCAGCCAAUCGUUCCCGUUCGUUCGUUGCUCCAUCACCAACGAGAGAAGACCUAAUUGAUGCCGGCUGCCUCGAUGGAACUAAUGGACAUACGGGUGCAGGUGUAGUGGGUUGUGGAAACAGCAGCGUAAUGGAUGCGUUCACUGGCAGCGAGGAUAUGAGCAGUCUGCAAGAAUCGCCCAACUCGGGACCAUCGCGUACCGCUUCUCUAAGAGUAAAAAUUCCUCCAAACUCUUCACGGGUAACAUUCAGCGAAACGAUGCGCCAAUCGUCGUUGCCUAGCGCUGACUCGGAUGUAGCCGCCUAUUCCGACUCUGGUCUUGAUUGGCCACGAUACGAUUCGAGCUCAGUCACGUCAGAUGUACCCCAUUUGCUCGAGAUCGACGGAGAGCAGGUGGAGCUGCGCAAGAAAAGUCCCAGCCACCCGCAGAAACAACAAGAGCCUAACAUAGAUUUCGAACUAGACAUUAAGGUGCUGGUCAACUCGGGCAAAUGUGUGCUGCAUACCAAAGAUAUCCAUGAUGAACGGCUCUCAUCGACAAUGCCCGGUGGCAAUAGCAACAAUAAUAAUACUAACUCCGCGACGAUGGCCGGCAGUAACAACGCGUCUGCGGCCGGUAAGCAUCAUAAGCGAGAGCGAAGUACCGGCGGAGCAACGGACUGGGGUAGUCCAAUUCCACCGCGCCGUAAUAAGGAUAAGUCACGACUGAAGUACAACACGACACCAUACACGGCUCUCGUCGAUCUAACAAUAUUCCACAUUCCUGGGCUGGAUGUAAAGCUUCAGUAUCAAUCCAAAACCGUUGGUGGUGAUGAUGCUUCUCCGCGUCUUAGCACGACAGAUCCGUUCGGUGUAUCGCGCAAGCUAGCAUCGAAACGGGCCACGCUGUUCGCUUGGAUGACGCUGCAAAGUAUUCCCGAAGAAACCAUAAUUUCUCCACACAUUUUGGAAUUUUUGGAACAAACGCUAGAGCCAAUACCAUCGUCGAAAGGAACAGGCGGAGUAUCAGGAGUGGGUCACAGUGGUGGUACUAACGGUGUUAAUGGUGCUGGUGUUGCAACGUCGGGCGGUGGAGUUUCGAAUCCAGUGAAUCUGCAAAUGCUGGAACACAACUACGCAGCGGUUUAUGCAAGCUUCCCCGUCGAUGUGGUGGUAUACUUCCACAUGCAACCAUCGACAUUCCGGUUCUCUUGUCUGCCGGUAUCGCGCGUCGAGUGUAUGCUACAGUUGCCCAGUCUUGACAUCAUCUUCAGCUCGAAUCGACAUGAUGAUGAUUCGUCCGGAGGGCAUACUUCUUCACAGACGGGCGAACCGACAGCAGUGCCAGGUGGAGAUGGGAAAGUCGCUGGAGGACUGAGCGUGACUGGAUGUUUGGCCGACUUUAACGUAUACAUCUUCCAUCCGUACGGUGGCAAGAAAAGCAAUCUGAAGGAAGCACAUCAAUUCUCUCCACUGGCUGAUAGUGAACGGAAGGAUUCGCUCAGUAUUAAUGUGGAGUUUGUGAAAUUCCAUAUUACACGCUCGAAGAAGAUAAACAUCGUGGAAACCAGUAUGACGUCUCGGAAACAUUCCGACCAGGCGUCGAAGGCAACCAUUCGAUUUUCAACGAUCGUCGAUAUUGGAUCCGCAUCGUUUAAGUACGACAUGCGCCGACUGACGGAGAUACUUGCGUUCCCGAAGGCUUGGUAUCGGCGAAGUAUCGUACGGCGCAUGUUCCUUGGUGACUUGGGCAUGCAGCAGACAAGCAUGUGCGAUCUGGAGAUACCAAUUAUUCCAGAGGGAAGCGUUGAUGGAAACAGCAUGGGAAGAUCGGGCGAACGAGAUUCAUCGAUAGAUGUGGAGAGCAGAUUGGGCGGUCGAGGAGAUCAUAUAAAUCGCGAACGGUUGCGUCUAAGUCUGGAAAAUAUCGGCAUGGGAACGACCGGUGGCAGUGGUGGAAGCAGUGCAUCCUCAACUGCCAGGAUAAAAGAUCAAAAGUCCUCGAGCCUUGAUUCCACCUCAUCACCAUCGGACGUGAAUCAGGUUACGUCCUGGGAAACUUUGGUGCUGUUUGCGAUCAACUUUACCAAACUUAACGUUCAGAUGAACAUGGGUAACGUGAUGGGUAAUAUCGUGUGGCUAACGAAGGCUUUCCGAAGCGAUGGUCGACUGAGCAUUGGUAGCACGGGUCAUAAAAACAUGUACAUUGGCGUCGGGCUGGGUGGAUCGUCGUUGGAUGCGAAGGGAGGCAUCGUCGGAGGAACGAUCGAUCUGAACCGUAUCGAUACGUACAUUCAUAUUCGCGAAGAUCCCGGCUCGGAACCGGAUCAUAAGGUUGGCAUCAAGCUGAUGGCACUGGAGCUGAAGUUCGAUUACAUGGGCACGAGUGUGCUGAUGACACGCGUAAGCUCGCUAAACGCACAGUUGCGCGACGAAUGGAAGUUCUCCAAGGAUCACGAUUUCGGCAACAAGCUGCCAACGAACUAUCCGGCAAUCAUACUCAUCCAUGGUGACUUGUCCUGGGACCAGUUACAGAUGAUGAUUUCGAAGUCCACCACCGCAGACAUCCUGAAGAUGUUCUACAAGCUCGAGGAAUUCUUCUCGCAGCAAUUCAAAUCAUCCAAGCGUGUAUUUUCCAGUCUCGAGCCACGGCUCGCUAACCCUUCACUGCGAACCAGCGUGCGACGCCGUGAAGAGAAAAAAUCGCUCGGAGCAGAAGCAUCGAUCCAUGACGCGCGGCAUCAUCGACACUGGCAGAGGCCACUCAAGCAGACGAAGGGAUUGUGGCUGUCAACGCUCGGUGUACCGCUUUCCAACAUUGGUACCGUGCUUGGCGGGACGAUGGAAUUGCACGGCCAAAACAUUUCGCUUGCCUGCUUCCAUGGUAUUAACUUUAAGGCAAAGUCGUGGGCGUUGUUUAGCCUGAAGGAACCGUGUAUCGAUUUUGCCACCGAAGCGCAACACGUUGAAUCGACCGAGGAGGUACACAUCAUACAAACGCUCACGUUUGGGCUUGGCAUGAACACCCAGCAGCCACCGCAGCAUCACUCCAACGCAACUGUGGUACGGAUGUCACGGAAUGUCAUCUUUCCACCACAGUUCAAGACACUGCAUGAGUGGUUCCAUUACGCGUUCGCCAACAGUGAAAUUGAUGGCGUUGACCGUUUUCCGGUGAUUGAACGAGACAAAGAACACAACACGAACUCGAUCGAAAGAGCACGCGGUUCGGGGUCGGGUUCAGCGCCCCAUCAGAAGCUGCAGGAUCCGAACCACAAUCGGGAGGUGAUCUUUGCUUUACCAAGUUUGCAGCUUCAUUUCAAAACGGAACAUCUUCAAGGCAUCUCUACACCUGAUACAGCGCAGGACAAACCAAUGGUAGAGUGUAGCUUCAUAACAGCGUUCGAGGAUCACAUCUUCGUUACGGUUGAUGCGGAUGCAUUCUUCUUUCUGCAUGAUCUCAUUACUUCUUACCUCAGCGAGAAAGAAAAAGUGCUCGGUACAAUUACGAACAAUCGUUCGUCCUCACCGAAUCCUGCUAACGUAACUCCUCCACCUCCAUCCACAAGCGGAACGCCGGCCGGUUUAUCGGUACUCAAAUCGGCUCACACGCUUAAAACGAGUACAUCCAAUUUGAUGUCAGCGGCCGCACCCUCUAUGUCGUCACUUGGCACGCAAGACUCGACCUCUAGUCAAUCGAUUGCCAACGGUGGUAGUUCGAUAGAAUUGAACGAAGUUGGCAGCUCCCAAAUCAGCGCCGGCACCGCAUCGACGCUGCUGGGCACAAAAACAACUCCCCGUUCGGUAGAUGAGGCCAAGAAACCGAUCGCUAGUACCGUGUCAAGUCCUGCAGCCGCAUCCAGCAGCAGUAUCGGUGGAGCAGGUACAAAACAUGUGAACAUUGUAGUGGAAAAAGCUGACCUUGAAUCGUUUAUGCGGACCGAUUGGCGACACUUCAAUUGCAAAACGUGGCACCUGGAACCGACCGUACGGUUGCUUUCGUGGGCUGGCAAAUCGAUUGAACCAUACGGUAUCGAUUAUAUUCUGAACAAGUUGGGAUUCAGCCAUGCCCGCACCACUAUCCCGAAGUGGCUCCAGCGUGGGUUCAUGGAUCCGUUGGAUAAGGUGGAGGCAUUGUUGAUGUUGCAGCUGCUCCUGAUGGUAAAAGAUAAUGGCACGUCGGACGAGAAGGACUCAAGCAAAUGAAUCGAACUCUGGGAAGGGCCGUUCGAAGGAAAUAAUUUAGUCAACUAAGAUUUGUUAUUUGGAAUGUGGUACAAUCUAAUAUGACUGGUGUUGCUUUUUAUAGCCUCUUAGCUAUACAAGACCCCCCGGGGGGAGGGUUCGGCCGGACUGUGGCAGAUGCCGGGUUUUGGUUUAGACGCAUUUAAAAUUUUCCGCCUAGGGAAUUGACGACCCAAUCCGUCGCUAUGUUGCACGGAAAUUGUUUCUUUAACUCAACGUCUGCUCAACUAUACAUUAUCUUUCACUUUUGUACGCGAGUAUACACACAACCGUAACCAUUAUCUAGUCCAAAUUGAGUCCAAUGCCAUCUUCGGAACAUACGGUUUGAGGAAACUUCAACCCCUCCCUCUAUCGUAUUUGGAAUGGACAAUGUAUCUAUGUUCUGUAUGUUCUACAAGAAAAUCAAUAUAUUAAAAAGAAACAAAACAGCAAAACAUAACCAAUAAGCCGACGGACAGCCAGUUCCUCUAAUACCCGACUGUUUCUCUAUAUCUCCUUUGAUGGAGACGCAAUCGCAUAUGUGCGCGUGGAGACAUAGCGAUCUUCAAUAAUCGAUAAUCGACAAAUGGAAUAAAUGAAAAAAUGUGAUCUA